UUGUGAAGUCCUUCACUGCGUGGAAUGGCUCAGAAGCCAAUGCUUACACACUGAUGGAUCUGCCUCUUAGAUCCCCAACAAAGAUGACAGUGCAAGAUGUUCCUGGUGUCUUUCCUACAGUGGAUGUCCCAGAUCACGCUCAUUAUACRAUUGGAGUAGUCAUUCUUAUAGUGGGGAUCACAGGAACUCUGGGUAAUUUCCUGGUCUUCUAUGCUUUCUGCAGGAGUAGGAGCCUUCAGACUCCAGCCAACAUACUCAUCAUCAAUCUAGCUAUUAGUGACUUCCUGAUGUCCAUUACACAGUCUCCAGUUUUUUUCACCAACAGCCUCUACAAACGCUGGAUUUUUGGUGAGAAAGGCUGUGAGCUGUAUGCCUUCUGCGGAGCUCUUUUUGGCAUUACAUCUAUGAUCACUUUGAUGGUGAUUGCCUUGGACAGAUAUUUUGUCAUCACAAAACCUCUGGCUUCUGUUGGAGUGACAUCUAAGAAGAAGGCCCUAAUAAUCCUGAUAGGAGUCUGGCUGUAUUCUUUGGCUUGGAGUCUCCCACCCUUCUUUGGAUGGAGUGCAUAUGUUCCUGAGGGUUUGCUGACUUCCUGCUCCUGGGACUACAUGACUUUCACACCAUCAGUCCGUGCCUACACGAUGUUGCUUUUCUGCUUUGUCUUUUUCAUUCCUUUGAUUGCCAUCAUAUACAGCUAUGUCUUUAUAUUUGAAGCUAUCAGGAAGGCCAACAAGUCUAUUCAGACAUUUGGAUGCAAACRUGGAAAUAAAGAGUUCCAGAAACAGUAUCAGAGGAUGAAAAAUGAGUGGAAGAUGGCCAAAAUUGCACUGAUUGUCAUCUUGUUUUUUGUUAUUUCCUGGUCACCAUACUCUGUUGUUGCUCUGGUAGCUUUUGCUGGAUAUUCCCACGUCCUAACACCCUYCAUGAACUCCAUACCAGCUGUGAUUGCCAAAGCUUCUGUCAUCCAUAACCCCAUCAUUUAUGCCAUCACUCACCCCAAAUACAGAAGAGCCAUUGCAACACAUGUUCCUUGCCUUGGAUCGCUACUGAGAGUUUCUCCUAAAGACUCACGGUCCUUCAGCAGUUACCACUCCUCCAGACGAGCAACCGUAACCAGCCAGUCUUCUGACAUAAGUGGGCUGCACAAAGGAAAAAGGAGACUAUCUUCUCUCUCUGACAGUGAAUCAGGCUGUACUGAAAUAGAAACUGAUACUCCCAGUAUGGUCUCCAGACUUGCCAGAAGACAAAUUUCCUAUGAAACGGAUAAAGACACAACUCAGACUAGUGAUAUAGGAGCCAAACUGACAAGCCAGGAUUCUGGGAAUUGUGAGAAGACAGCUGUAGAUGCUGAUGAUAUAUUGAUGGUGGAAUUGAAUGUCACAGAGUGCAUGGCUACAUCUACUAAAGGUGASAGCCUGAACAGUAUUGGACAAAGAAAAGGAGAGUCUCACCAGGGACCAGCUUCAGCCCAGAUACCCAGUAUUAYAAUAACAUGCAGCAAUGUCCAAGGAGUAGAGCUGCCUUCUAGAUACAACUCUGGUUUCCUGUACCCUAAAUCCAACAGUCACAAGCAGAACAAGAAGUCCAGCASUUAAAUGAGUGGUGCCAGAAUAUCAUCUUAGUCAACAGCUCUGGAUCAGCUGUGGACUGGCUGAAUCCAGAAUACCUUUCUUGACUGGUCUGAAAYGCUCCUACAAAGACUCAGCACAAGACAAGCAAGGAUAGAAGCAUGAGGAGUGAUCUUUUCAACAUCAGAACUCUCUCCAGUGGAUCACAUCUUGAUCUGAGUCUCAUUGUAAUUUUAAUAGUUCUUCUUCAUGCAACUCAUGAAACAAUUUCUUUUGUUUGGAUUUUACUCUGCUUAUAUAUAUUCCUACCACUAUACAGACCUCAACCAAGAAGYCUCCUAAGAUUAACCUGAGAGGGAAGGGAAGUACGAUAUUCCAAACUGGCUUUGUUYACUUAGUGUAUUAACUUCAAAGCUAUUACGGAGCUAAAGCUGAGAAAUUUGGGUGGAGAUGUACAUUACUUCCUGGGGAUUGUUUCUUCAUUAUUGUGAAGUUUCUCGACCAAAUGUAAACUUAAUUACACAGUCAGUGCUCCCUUCUUUCAUUAACGACAUGUUUUUUCCCAUUUUCUUCUACAACCCCAUGAAAGGCAAUGCACUUCAGCAGUAAUUUGAAGUCUCAGAUCUUUAAUUUCUGAGACUGUGGGAAGAGAAAGGAAUAACACUUGAGGACGAGGCUAUGCUCCUUUCCAUACUUAGCCUCUUUUCUAAUAGUGGCUUAAGACAUGAUUUUAACCCAUUCUCAGCUAACUUCCCCAGAGCUAUAAGAGAUUAUUAUGAAAUUCCUUCUGACUUUCCUUUAGCAGGUUUCAUGAGAAGAAUGCAGAAUACAAAGCAAUGUUUGUACUGAAAUG